GUUGCUGAGCUGAGAAGUUUGCCCGCGUUGACCCAACACUCACGCGAUGUUGUACGAGAUUUUUUUCGCGUUGGGUGCCCUGAUCACGCUACUACUGGUCUUUAUCUGCAUUUUUGCACUAUAUGUAGCUCAUUUGAGGCGGAAAUUUGUCCACAUACCAUCUGCACCAUUGACAAGUUUCUUCUCUGGGCACAUGAAAGAUGUCAUUGCAUGCCGUAAUGCAGGAAAUACUAUUCACAGCUUAUUUCUGCAGUGGCACAUGGAGUAUGGUGCAAUUUUUGUUUGUUGGUUUAUGCAUUUCCCGUUUAUUGUGGUAACUGAUCCAGAGAUGGUGAAGGACAUUCUUGUUGCCUCUAAUCUCCCCAAGCACUUCUUAGCCUAUUCUGAUCUUGGCUAUCUCUUUGGGCAAAGAUUUCUUGGUAAUGGUUUGGCCACCAAUGUGGAUAAUGAGAACUGGAAAAGAAGACGUGGCAUAAUGAACCCAGCUUUUCACCGCAAAUACCUCAAAGACUUGAUGAUUUCUUUUAAUGCCACUGCUGACCUCCUUAUUGCUCAUCUGGGUAAAAUGGCUGAUGGGAAAACAGAAGUUUGCCUACUUGAACAGUUUGGUCAUGCAGCAUUGGAUAUCAUUUGCAAGGUUGCUUUUGGCAUGGAUGUAGAUGUUAUGAGUGGAAAGGACACCACAUUUAGAGAUGCAGUUUCGCUAAGCUUUGAAGGAGUUCAUGUUUCACAAAUGAGCCCUUUUCACAAGUGGAACAUUUUCCAAUAUCCUUACCAAUGGCGCGUGGUAAAGGCAGUAAAAUUUUUGCGUGAAACUGGAAGGAAAGUGAUUGAAGUGAGAAAGCAUGCCAUGGCGAGAGGAGAAGAGGUCCCUGAUGAUAUAUUACAACGGAUUAUUCAGCAGCAAGAAUCAGUUCCAGACCUCGAAAUUGAGGACAUGUUGGAUGAUUUCGUUACUUUCUUCAUUGCAGGUCACGAGACUACAGCCAGUUUGUUGAGCUUUUGUGUUCUUGAGCUGGGAAAGCAUCCAGAGAUAGUCGACAGUUUGUUGGAAGAAGUGCAUGAUGUUCUGGGACCUAAACAGCAAGUUGCGUUUGAUGACCUGGCUAAACUGCAUCAACUAGGGCUGUUGAGUACCUUUGCCAGCAGCCGAUCUACCAAGUACUGGUCCAAACCAGAGGAAUUCAAUCCUUACAGAUUCGACGAUGAAGAAGAACUGAAGAGAUCUCAUUACAAUUACUUCCCGUUUUCACUUGGACCCCGGAAUUGUAUCGGACAAAACUUUGCACAGAUCGAGGCCAAGGUUUUGCUGUCACGCUUUCUUCAGACGUUCAAGUUUUCUUUGGUACCUGGCCAGUCACGUGAUAUUCUUGAAAGGGUCUCGCUUCGACCCAAGGAUGGCGUGAUGUGUACUUUGACUAGGCGGAAUUAAUCGACUUGUCGAUAUCUCGCUAUGCAUGAUGGUUCGGAAGUGAGCCACAGAAAUUCCAGUUAUAAAGAAAAGGGGUCCUUAGAUAGAAUUGCUGCAUAUAAAGCAUAUUGUAAUGACCAAGAAAGACAAAGGACAUAUCGAAUAGAUUAGUAGCAACAAGUAAUCACUUAGUGUGUUUUUACGGUGCUUUCCCAAAGUCUUGUGAAAUAACUAGUUUAGAGUCCUUGAAAUAAAAGAAAAUGCUACGUCAUUAAA